GCGUAUUGGAGAAUGGAGUGUGUGCUUUACAUGGAGGCCAAUUUUCGGUCAGUUCGUAAAUAACGAGUGUUUGUGUGUGAAAAAACGGUGUGGGGCCCCCGUGACUCUCGAUUUGAGGUGUAAAGUGUCCGUCAAUCGUGUGUGAAAUAAUUUGGCUGUUUUCUCUGACGUGUCGGUGAUCACACUGUUAUCACUUUUACGUCAUUACUUGGCUACUCUGUCGGUGAAAUUUCAUGUUUUUAUCAAAAUUCAAGCGUUCUAUUGUUAAGAUUAUCACCAUUAUCAUAACGGAGUGAGGCCACCACAAUUAUCACCGUCUCGAUGAGCAGUUCUAAAUGAUGGACCCUUCAGCCGAUCAGGGGUCCGGCUUCCAUCAGCUCGGCAUCACAGUCGAGUGCGCCCACCUCCGUAACAGUUCCUUCAUCAAGCCCUCCACGUACGUGGAAAUCAGCGUGGACGGUGGCUCCCCCCGGAAGACCGAAUGCGUGAAAAACACCGCUCAACCGAAAUGGAACGAAACCUUCACCCUCCUCGUCACCCCCCACUCAAAAAUAAACUUCGUCGUCUACGACAAGAACAAUUUCCGCAAAGACACCCUCGUGGGCGAGAAAAAAGUCGAACUUUUCCAAAUGUUGCAGCAUUUCAGCGGCCGCUGCGAAAACCUUGAACUCACACUGGAUCUCAUGAACGAAAACAAGACCGAAUCGCCGGCCAAAGUCGGCGAAUUAAUUUGCGUAUUUCAAGGCUUGACCGUCGACAUGUCCAAGUUUCACAAGCCGGGGCCGAGUGCGACCCCCCUCAUGCAAAACAACUGCGAAGCGCAGAGCGUCUCCAAUCGCAGCGUCUUCAACGGAAUUCGGGCGAAAGUGCGCAAUGUCGGAACGGAGAACGUCGUUCCGACGGCGUCGCGAGCCUCCACGGCCGAGAGGCGCACCUCGCGCACGGCGCUGUCGCCCACCACGCCCAUGCCCAACGGCACCAUCGGCCCCCCGGCCACGGUGCCCAACGGCAACGCCGUGCACAACAGCGACGGCGAGGACGGGAGGGCCGAGGAGCCGCUGCCCCCCGGCUGGGAGAUGCGGUAUGACACCUACGGCCGCCGCUACUACGUGGACCACAACACGCGCUCGACGUCGUGGGAGCGCCCCCAACCGUUGCCCCCCGGCUGGGAGAUGCGGCGCGACCCCCGCGGGAGGGUCUACUACGUCGACCACAAUUCGCGCACCACCACCUGGCAGAGGCCGAAUUCGGAGCGGUUGGAGCACUUCCAGCAGUGGCAAGGCCAGAGACAGCACAUUGUCCAACAAGGCAACCAAAGGUUUCUCUACCCGCAGUUUCAGCCUGGACCCAUGCCUGGCACUUCAGUUGUGGAUGAUGAGGACGAUGGUUUGGGGGCCUUGCCGCCCGGAUGGGAGAAGCGAGUGCAACCGGAAGGACGAGUGUAUUUCGUUAAUCACAAAAAUCGGACCACGCAAUGGGAGGAUCCGAGGACUCAAGGACGGGAGGUUAUUGACGAUAUGCCGUUGCCUCCCGGAUGGGAGAUCAGGUAUACGGACGAGGGGAAGCGAUAUUUUGUCGAUCAUAAUACGAAGACUACAACGUUUGAUGAUCCCAGGCCGGGGGCGCCCAAAGGGCCCAAGGGGGUGUAUGGGGUGCCGAGGGCGUACGAGAGGUCGUUCAAGUGGAAGAUUAGCCAGUUUAGGUUCCUGUGUCAGAGCAACGCCCUCCCCAGCCACAUAAAAAUCCAAGUGUCGCGUCAGACCCUCUUUGAGGACUCCUUCCACACGAUAAUGCGCCUACCGGCGUACGAGCUCCGAAGGCGCCUCUACAUCAUCUUCAAAGGCGAAGAAGGGCUAGACUACGGCGGUGUGAGUCGCGAGUGGUUUUUCUUAGUCUCGCACGAAGCCCUAAACCCGAUGUAUUGUCUCUUCGAGUACGCAAACAAAAACAACUACAGUCUACAAAUCAACCCUGCGUCGUAUGUGAACCCCGAACACCUCACUUACUUCAAAUUUAUUGGGCGCUUUAUCGCCAUGGCUUUGUACCACGGGAGAUUUAUUUAUUCGGGUUUCACAAUGCCCUUCUACAAGCGGAUGCUGGGGAAGAAACUUGUGAUGAAAGAUAUUGAAAGUAUAGAUCCCGAAUUCUACAAUUCGCUGGUGUGGAUCAAGGAGAACAACAUCGAUGAGUGUGGCUUGGAGUUGUACUAUAGCGUCGAUUUCGAAGUUUUGGGCCAAGUGGUGCACCAUGAGUUGAAGAAAAACGGCGAUAAGGAAAAAGUUACGGAAGAAAAUAAAGAGGAGUAUUUGACGUUAAUGACCGAGUGGAGGAUGACAAGAGGCAUCGAGCAGCAAACUCAAGCCUUUUUGGACGGUUUUAACGAAGUUGUGCCCAUUGAGUGGCUGAAGUAUUUCGACGAGAGGGAGUUGGAGCUGCUGCUCUGUGGCAUGCAGGAGAUAGACGUGGACGAUUGGCAACGACACACUAUCUACAGGCACUACACGCGAAGUAGCAAGCCGGUGGUGUGGUUUUGGCAGUUUGUGCGUCAGUCUGAUAAUGAGAAGCGGGCCCGCUUGCUGCAGUUUGUGACAGGGACGUGUCGUGUGCCUGUGGGCGGCUUCGCCGAACUGAUGGGUUCCAACGGGCCCCAAAAGUUCUGCAUUGAAAAGGUGGGGAAGGAGUCGUGGUUGCCGCGCUCGCACACGUGUUUCAAUCGUCUUGAUCUGCCGCCGUACAAAAGUUACGAACAGUUGGUGGAAAAGUUGACUUACGCGAUUGAAGAGACUGAUACGUUUGGUCAGGAGUAAAGUUUCAAUUGUGUAAUAACAGCCGUACCUGAUUCUUGACCAUGGUUUGAGAUUUCGUUUCUUUGGGCCUCUUCUUGCAGUGCUUGUGCAAUUUUUGUUAGUUUGUUUGUGUUGUUACUUCGGUCGGAUUGUAUUUCAAUGUGAUAUGUAGAAAUAUUGGCCUAUUUUCUAGCUUAUCUAACAGAUUAUAACUAAAUGUAAAUACUUUUUGAAGAGAAAAUAAUGUGGGGAAGACUACAUAUUUUUGAAUACGAAAAAUGACAUUCCAUCGUGGGUGUGCACUAUCAUAAUUAUUUUUUUAAUUUUAUUUUUAACCAAAGUAUACACUGACUGGAACCGAACUGGCUUGAAAUUUCAUUUACAACCUGUUUACUUUAUAAUCACUUGUAGAAUAUUGUAAAGUGAGGAAAUGUAUAUAAAUAUGCGAAGCGAAUUAUUAAAUUAUUACAAGUAAAACAA